UAAUUUCUGGAUGCCGAAUGGCACGAUCGAGGUAACUGUUAAGAAUCGGAAUGACCGCGCAAAUAUGAGUAAAAAACAAGGUGGUACGAACUUGCGCGUUGGGGUCAGAAGUCCACAACGUAAUAACGUGGUACUGGAAGCUUCUCCAAGUGCUGAAAUCGCUUCCUACGAUUACGAAGCUGUCACGAGUCCUUCGGAGUGCCGCGAUACAGAUCAUGACGACGAAAACGAAGUUGAAGUAACUCUCGUAAAAGACUGUCCUCAUCUAGGGAGGUGUGAAGUGACGUUGCAGGAUCUGGGAAAAGAGUCAAAUAAUCUGAAAACUUCGUUUGCACAAACGAUAGAAAAAUUGACGUCAGAUAGGGAAAGUAUUGGUGAUCCUAAGGAUCAAAAUGUGGCGAGAUCAACAUGUCGAACUACGGGCGAGUCGAAGACAGCGGCUGUGGACCUCAAGAAUUCGCCCGAGCGAGUAAUAAAUCAAAGAAGUGAUGCGAAAAAGCACGAACGAAUCCCCGCUAUCGCCCGACAUGAAAAAAGCAAGCAAAACCUUCAGAAAGUAAAAACGAACCUGAAGGAUUCACUCAAACGUAAAGUCGUAAAUUCGUCGGUUUUGGACGGCAAUAGAAACAGCAAAAUUCCAAGGUCUACUAAAAUUGCCGGGGCCACAACAAAAGUUUGCCCGAUUGCCCAACUUCCUUCGAAAAGAAACUCGAAAAAAUGCUUGCCUACCCGUCCAGUUUACAUUCCUCGACGAGGAGCAAAAAACAACUUCGUCAGCGUACCGAAAGAGGAUAUAUUGCGAAAAACUUACGAAAACUUAAGACACGUUCACCGCUUUCAAGCAUCCGGAGUCGAAGUCAAAUCCUCAGCGUUGAAAUUAUCUGGACAUUUAGUUGGUUUGCGAAAGGAACAAUUCGCCGAUACUAAGAUAGUAAAUAAAGCUUGCCUGGAACCUCCGAGGACAUUGGUCAUCGACGCGGGUGAUAAUUAUUCGCCGUCGUCAAAAAUAUCUUCCCAAAAACUAUUACCACUAAGAAAAGCCUGCCGCUCUUGCAACGAUCAGAGAGAAACUCUCAAUUUAAAACUGGGCGUACGCGAGGUUUUGCAGGAUCCAUGGAACGACGUAAGAAGUGCGCCAGAAACCCGAUCCCAAGUCGGAUGGCCAAAGACCCUGGAGAUGGAUCGAUUCCGCGAAUCCACGUCAGAGGAACUUGACCUGUCUUCGGACUCUUACAGUACCGACAGCAGUUUGAAACGGAGAAGGCAGAAAUAUUUUCAAGAAAAAAACUUUAGAACCAAAAAUUCAGCCGGUAGGUCAAACUCCCCGCGGAUCAAACCUCGUGCCAAAGUUCGUUUUUCCUUCUUGAACACCCUAUUUGAUAUCGUUUUUUGGCCGUUUCUUUUUCUUCGUACAAAUCGUUGAACACUAUUUUUUUAUCAUCUGCUGUCGCAGAAACCUAACUGGUAUAAUGGCAUGAUCAUCAACCGGUUGUGGUUGAGGUUCAUUUUAAUAAACAAUUAUUAUUGUUUCAAAUUUCGGAUAAGCGAAUACAAUGUUAUACAAUAUCGCGAAAU